GGGGGGGGGGGGGAAGCCGGGGUUGUGAUUUGGAGGGUAGCUCUCGGCUCGGGGGAGGAGGGAUGGCGGCGAUCCUGCCGGAGCUGGCGGCGCAGGUGCUCAUCCCGGUGGCGGCGGCGGUGGGCAUCGCGUUCGCGGUGCUGCAGUGGGUGCUCGUCUCCAAGGUGAGGCUCACGCCGGAGCGGCGCGGGGAGGGGGGCGCCGGGAAGAGCGGGCCGAGCGACUACCUCAUCGAGGAGGAGGAGGGGCUCAACGACCACAACGUCGUCUCCAAGUGCGCCGAGAUCCAGAACGCCAUCUCCGAAGGAGCGACAUCUUUCCUUUUCACUGAGUACAAGUAUGUCGGAUUAUUCAUGGGAAUCUUUGCAAUUCUUAUAUUCCUCUUCCUUGGAUCUGUUGAGGGCUUCAGCACGAAGAGCCAGCCUUGUCACUACAGCAAGGACAAAACUUGCAAGCCUGCCCUUGCAAAUGCUAUCUUUAGCACUAUAGCCUUUGUGCUUGGUGCAGUUACCUCUCUGGUAUCUGGUUUUCUUGGAAUGAAGAUUGCAACUUAUGCAAAUGCUCGGACAACUCUGGAGGCUAGGAAGGGUGUUGGGAAGGCUUUUAUCACUGCUUUCCGAUCUGGUGCUGUUAUGGGUUUCCUGCUUGCUGCCAGUGGUCUCUUGGUCCUUUACAUUGCAAUUAACUUGUUUGGAAUCUAUUAUGGUGAUGACUGGGAAGGUCUUUUCGAAGCUAUUACUGGUUAUGGACUUGGUGGUUCUUCUAUGGCUCUUUUUGGCCGUGUAGGUGGUGGUAUUUAUACAAAAGCAGCCGAUGUUGGUGCUGACCUUGUUGGGAAGGUAGAAAGAAAUAUUCCUGAGGAUGACCCCAGAAACCCAGCUGUCAUUGCAGACAAUGUUGGUGACAAUGUUGGAGAUAUUGCUGGAAUGGGAUCAGAUCUUUUUGGUUCUUAUGCUGAAUCAUCGUGUGCUGCACUUGUUGUGGCAUCAAUCUCUUCUUUUGGAAUCAACCAUGAAUUUACUCCCAUGGUGUACCCCCUUCUUGUCAGCUCUGUGGGAAUUAUAGCAUGUCUCGUAACCACCUUGUUUGCAACUGAUUUCUUUGAGAUAAAGGCUGUGAGUGAAAUAGAGCCUGCUCUAAAGAAGCAACUUAUAAUUUCCACUGCUGUUAUGACUGUUGGCAUUGCACUUGUCAGUUGGUUGGGCCUUCCUUACACCUUCACCAUUUUUAACUUUGGUGCCCAGAAGACAGUGCAUAGCUGGCAAUUAUUCUUAUGUGUGGCCGUUGGCCUUUGGGCUGGACUAAUCAUUGGAUUUGUUACUGAGUACUACACAAGCAAUGCAUAUAGCCCUGUACAAGAUGUUGCUGAUUCUUGCAGAACUGGAGCUGCCACUAAUGUCAUUUUUGGGCUUGCUUUGGGUUACAAAUCAGUCAUCAUCCCUAUUUUUGCUAUUGCUUUCAGUAUUUUCCUCAGCUUCAGCCUUGCUGCCAUGUAUGGUGUUGCUGUGGCUGCUCUUGGAAUGCUGAGCACAAUUGCCACAGGUCUUGCUAUCGAUGCUUACGGUCCCAUCAGUGACAAUGCUGGAGGAAUUGCUGAAAUGGCUGGCAUGAGCCACCGAAUUCGUGAGAGAACCGAUGCACUGGAUGCUGCCGGAAACACAACUGCUGCAAUUGGGAAGGGCUUUGCCAUUGGCUCUGCAGCCUUGGUAUCACUUGCACUUUUCGGGGCCUUUGUGAGCCGUGCAGCUAUUUCUACAGUUGAUGUUCUGACACCAAAAGUGUUCAUUGGGCUUAUCGUUGGUGCUAUGCUCCCAUACUGGUUCUCAGCAAUGACCAUGAAGAGUGUAGGCAGCGCGGCGCUGAAGAUGGUGGAGGAAGUUCGCAGGCAAUUCAACACCAUCCCUGGACUCAUGGAGGGCACAACUAAGCCUGACUAUGCAACUUGUGUCAAGAUCUCCACUGAUGCAUCGAUCAAGGAGAUGAUCCCUCCUGGUGCUCUCGUUAUGCUCACACCACUUAUUGUCGGAAUUUUGUUUGGCGUCGAGACCCUCUCUGGAGUCCUUGCUGGAGCUCUCGUCUCCGGUGUUCAGAUUGCCAUCUCUGCAUCCAACACUGGCGGUGCUUGGGACAAUGCCAAGAAGUAUAUUGAGGCUGGAGCUUCAGAGCAUGCCAGGACCCUUGGUCCCAAAGGCUCUGACCCCCACAAGGCGGCCGUCAUCGGUGACACCAUUGGAGAUCCUCUCAAGGACACUUCAGGCCCCUCUCUGAACAUCCUCAUCAAGCUCAUGGCGGUCGAAUCCCUCGUGUUCGCGCCUUUCUUCGCCACCCACGGUGGCAUCCUCUUCAAGUUGUUCUAAACCGGCGACGUUGGGGUGUUCAGAAGGCCGUAGUUUUGUUGGGGAAGAGCAAUAUAUCGGACUAUUAUGUCAUGAUUUGCUCCUCGAGUUGACGACACAAUUGUCUACCUUGUUUCCCAUUUUUGUUCUAGUUCCAGGUCCCAACCUUGUGUUUUGAUCCCAGAAUUUCCUCUGGUCCUCUUUUAGCUCUUGCCUCCAGCUGCAUAAGUCGUCCUGUGGAACAACGAACAAGAGAGCAUUGAAAAAAUUUGCCAUUUUCUAGCGAUAAAAUGAUGAUGAUGAUGAUGAUUAAUGUC